UCUCAAAUAUCCAAACGAGAGCGCCAUCUGAGUCAGUUAAAACAGUCCGGCGAAAAGUUGCCGAGCCCCACUUCUUGUCUAAACGUCUGCCAGUGAAGACCGGGAGGGAACCGACUAACACCACACAAAAUGAGCGACCUCAGCAAGAACGAAGUUGAAAGGGCAUCUUUCGCCUUCUCCAUCUACGACUUCGAUGGCAGCGGCAAAGUCGAUGCCUUCAACCUUGGUGACAUCCUGAGGGCACUCAACUCUAACCCCACAUUGGCUACCAUUGAAAAGCUCGGAGGCACCAAGAAGAAGGGCGAGAAAAUGCUUUCGCUCGAAGAGUUCCUUCCCAUCUACAGCCAAUGCAAGAAAGACAAAGACCAAGGUUGCUAUGAGGACUUCUUGGAAUGUCUGAAGCUGUACGACAAGAACGAAAAUGGCCUUAUGCUUGGCGCUGAGCUCACACACACGCUUCUUGCCUUAGGUGAGAAGCUUGAGGACAGUGAAGUCGCAGAAAUCACAAAGGACUGCAUGGACCCUGAAGAUGAUGACGGCAUGAUCCCAUACGCAUCAUUCCUGAAGAAGGUGAUGGCGUAGAGGACCACAAUUAACGUCAUAUCUUUAGCUAUAAGAUCAAGAUCCUUUCCUCAAAAAAAUGGUUGCGGGUUGGCAGGGCUCUCAAGCAAAGCCGGCGGCAGCGCCGGCGGCUGCGGAGGCGGCGCCCGCAGAGGGUUAAGCCCCCGGACCCGUAAAAACCGCGGCCGCCGCGCCAGCCCCGACUACAUCAAAAUCGCAUCGCCGUACACACCAUCUUCGUUACGGAAUACCCCUUUUUAUACGAAACAUCAAUUUAAUACAUUUUGUACAAUCUGUCAAUGACUCUACGUAAUAAACUAAGAUUAAAAAGAGUACUGUAAAUGCACGUUGUACGUGUUUUAAAUUUUAUUAUUAUUUAUAAGUACGUUUAUAAUGACAAAACACAAAAACCGUAAGUAAUUUUGUAAUAAACUAUUAAAACGAC